AUCAGGUAAAACAUCUCAGAUCAGUGUGUCAGUAACUGGCCUGAAUCAUCGGGCACCAUGAUGGGGUUGGCCGCCUUCAACGUACUCGGUGUACGUUCUAUUUUUUUCUACAUAAUGUUCAGUACUGUAGUACUAAUCACCGAGAAAAUUGCAUUGACUCUUUUCGACCACCAGGGAAAUAUUCAGUUCAUGGUUCUCCCCUAAAAAAACUAAAAAGCUACUUAGCGCUGGGAACAAAUCUGACUUAAUGCAUUUUCUCAGUGGGCCAAAGAAAGGAGGGCCGAUUGUCUGCCUUGACUUUUUAAAGCUCUUCUCUUAAUUCACGUAUAAACUGAGGAAAACAAAUUCUCGGCACUGGCGUGAGAGUUAUUUGAGCGUCACAAAAUAAAAUAUUAGUGCCAUUAUUGUGGCGAAUUUCAUGUUUCCCAGCGAGCCUUUUGAUUCCCGGUUUGGGCUGGCGCUCGAGCUCUCCAACCGGGUAUGACUUCGGCCACAAGAUGGCACUGACCUGCAAACAAAGAAAACCACAGUGGCACCGACUUUUUCAAGCCUUGGGAAACUGCCCUGCCUUCCCCCUUCCCCGGAGUCAAGGACUGUGGGGAUUAGGGUUUCCUUUCCCCUGCGCGGGGCGUCUGUGUCGAAUAAUGUGUGGCUUCUGUUGGAUUGCUUUUCUUUCCAAAAUUCCUAGGCAGUGCUUCCCCAAGGUGUGCACCUUUGUGAGGUAUUUGUGGGGCGGGGGGAGCUUCAGGCGCUACUCGCGGGACGCCGUCACGUGAUCCGGGAUGAGGUGGAGUUCGGCUUUAAGGGGGCGUCUCUUCCUAGCUUCGGCAAUCUUUAGGAUCUGAGCAGGAGAGAUACCAGCGGAUCUUCCCCUCUCUGCUCCCUUCCAUUCCCACCCUUCCUUCUUCAAUAAGCAGGAGCGAACAACACAAAUUCCAAAGAGGAUUGUUCAGUUCAAGGGAAUGAAGAAUUCAGAAUAAUUUUGGUAAAUGGAUUCCAAUAUGGGGAAUAAGAAUAAGCUGAACAGUUGACCUGCUUUGAAGAAACAUACUGUCCAUUUGUCUAAAAUAAUCCGUAACAACCAAACCAAUCAAAAUGAAUUCAACAUUAUUUUCCCAGGUUGAAAACCAUUCAGUCCACUCUAAUUUCUCAGAGAAGAAUGCCCAGCUUUUGGCUUUUGAAAAUGAUGAUUGUCAUCUGCCCUUGGCCAUGAUAUUUACCUUAGCUCUUGCUUAUGGAGCUGUGAUCAUUCUUGGUGUCUCUGGAAACCUGGCCUUGAUCGUAAUCAUCCUGAAACAAAAGGAGAUGAGAAAUGUUACCAACAUCCUGAUUGUGAACCUUUCCUUCUCAGACUUGCUUGUCGCCAUCAUGUGUCUCCCCUUUACAUUUGUCUACACAUUAAUGGACCACUGGGUCUUUGGUGAGGCAAUGUGUAAGUUGAAUCCUUUUGUGCAAUGUGUUUCAAUCACUGUGUCCAUUUUCUCUCUGGUUCUCAUUGCUGUGGAACGACAUCAGCUGAUAAUCAACCCUCGAGGGUGGAGACCAAAUAAUAGACAUGCUUAUGUAGGUAUUGCUGUGAUUUGGGUCCUUGCUGUGGCUUCUUCUCUGCCUUUCCUGAUCUACCAAGUAAUGACUGAUGAGCCGUUCCAAAAUGUAACACUUGAUGCGUACAAAGACAAAUACGUGUGCUUUGAUCAAUUUCCAUCGGACUCUCAUAGGUUGUCUUAUACCACUCUCCUCUUGGUGCUGCAGUAUUUUGGUCCACUUUGUUUUAUAUUUAUUUGCUACUUCAAGAUAUAUAUACGCUUAAAAAGGAGAAACAACAUGAUGGACAAGAUGAGAGACAAUAAGUACAGGUCCAGUGAAACCAAAAGAAUCAAUAUCAUGCUGCUCUCCAUUGUGGUAGCAUUUGCAGUCUGCUGGCUACCUCUUACCAUCUUUAACACUGUGUUUGAUUGGAAUCAUCAGAUCAUUGCUACCUGCAACCACAAUCUGUUAUUCCUGCUCUGCCACCUCACAGCAAUGAUAUCCACUUGUGUCAACCCCAUAUUUUAUGGAUUCCUGAACAAAAACUUCCAGAGAGACUUGCAGUUCUUCUUUAACUUUUGUGAUUUCCGGUCUCGGGAUGAUGAUUAUGAAACAAUAGCCAUGUCCACCAUGCACACGGAUGUUUCCAAGACUUCUUUGAAGCAAGCAAGCCCAGUCGCAUUUAAAAAAAUCAACAAUGAUGAUAACGAAAGAAUCUGAAACUACGUAUAGCCUAUGGUCCCAGAUGACGUCUGUUUAAAAACAAGCACAACCUGCAACAUACUUUGACUACCUGUUCUCCCAAGGAAUGGGGUUGAAAUCAUUUGAAAAUGACUAAGAUUUUCUUGUCUUGCUUUUUACUGCUUUUGUUGUAGUUGUCAUAAUUACAUUUGGAACAAAAGGUGUGGACUUUGGGGUCUUCUGGAAAUAGUUUUGACUAGACAUCUUUGAAGUGCUUUUUGUGAAUUUAUGCAUAUAUUAUAAAGACUUUUAUAUUGUACUUAUUGGAAUGAAAUUUCUUUAAAGUAUUACUAUUAACCGACUUCAGAAGUACUUGCCAUCCAAUACUGUCAUUAGAUUGGGUCAUCUUGAUUAGAUUAGAUUAGACUGUCAAUAGAUUGGGCCGUCCUUAUUUUAAGAUAGGCAUCAUUUUAGUGUGUUACAGUAGUAACAGUAUGCAAAAGCAGCAUUCAGGAGCCAAAGGAGGGUCUGAAGUCAGUCAGAAGUGGUUUGAGGUUUCUGAUUUUUGGUGUUUUUUUUUUUUUUUUUCACCUUAAGGGAGGAUUUAAUUUGCUCCCAAUUGAUUGUCACUUAAAUGAAAAUUUAAAAAUGAAUAAAAAUACAUACUUCUCGGCUGCAAAUAUUACAGGGAAUUGGGGCACCCACAAGAAUGAAGAGAGAAAGCAGCUCCCUAACUUCAAAACUAUUUUGGUACCUGACAACAAGAGCAUUUCAGAGUAAUUAAUAAAGUAAAUUAGUAUUUUGCAAAUAGUUAAAUUAUAUUCAUUUGAAUUGAUGGUCAAGAGAUUUUCCUUUUUUUUAACAGACUGUUCAGUGUUUGUCAAGCUUUCUGGCAUAAAUAUGUACUCAAAAGGCAUUUCCACUUACAAUAUAUAGAAACACAAAAGGUGUUUUCCUUACAGCAGUGCCUAUAUAGUGACUGAUUUUUAACUUUCAAUGUCCAUCUUUCAAAGGAGAUAACACCAAGUACAAUGUUAAAAGAAUAUUCACUUCACCUAGCAGGGAAAAAAUACACAAAAAAUGAGAAUACUUCAUAUAGCCCAUUUUAACAUGUAUAAACUGUGUGACUUGUGGCGUCUUAUAAAUAAUGCACUGUAAAGAUUACUGAUAGUUGUGUUAUGUUAAUGUGCCUAAUUUCAUGUAUCUUGUAAUCAUGAUUGAGCCUCAGAAUCAUUUGGAGAAACUAUAUUUUAAAGAACAAGACAUACUUCAAUGUAUUAUACAGAUAAAGUAUUAAAUGUGUUUGAUUUUAAAAGGGCAGACAUUUUAUUAAAAUCAAUAUUGUUUUUGCUUUUUCUGAG